AUGCCUUUCUUCAAAGAGCUUCGAAGACGAUCCAAGGCCAGUUUUCGCACCAGUGAUUCCUCUGCCGAGUCAAAUGGAACGGUACCCACCACAAAAUCCACUUCCACACUCAACUCCUCCUAUGGAGCUUCAACUCCGCCAUCGUCUGUCCAGCCCAAUGGUUCGACGUCAAAUGUCACAACAUCCAAAUCCAACGGCGACAGCAUGGCUCCUCCCCUUCCUCCCCGGCCUUCGGUUACCCCGCUGAAGUCAAACAGAAACAGCACAGUGGGACUUGGCUCCUCUGGCUCAGGCGUAACAAUGCGCUCGCCUGGAGCUACUUCUCCCUUUGCACCAAAACUCACUUCAAUAGCAGACAAUACGGUGGUCUAUCAAAAAGUCCUUCUGGUCUAUGGCGAGGUCAGCGAUCCUCUACAACGGCCGAUGGCAGGCAAUAUCACCAUACACCACGAUAAAGAUGGCCAGGCAUUUCCCCCCACAAAUUGGCCUGUUUGGGAUUCUUACUUCAAAGCACUGGUAUACCUCUCGCCUGGCUGGAACCAAAUAAGAUUUGAUUUCACUACCGCCUCCCUUUCAAAAGAUGGCAUCCACUCGUCCUACAUGAUGCUCAAUUACCUACCCCUCAACAAUUCUCCUCCGCUGCACCUAGCCAUCAUUGUUGGCAGGGACUCUCCGUGCACCUAUGAUGCAGUUCCAGAAAGACGGGAGAGAGAAGGCAACGGGCUUGAUACCGCUAUUCGAAAAUAUCGGAUGGCCGCGCAUCUAUGGCAAGCUUUCACGGCAGAACAGAUGUACCGGCACAAGUUCGGCCGCAGAUGUUUUCGGUUCGAAGAAGAAUGGCAAACAGGCACACUUUCUUUAAGAGAUUGGGAAGCUGGCAAUUUGAAAAAUGAGAUCAAGGUCCACGUGAUUCGAAGUGACAAAACUGUGGCUGAAAUACAAGAUCUUCAGCUCGCCCAGCAGUACGCUCCAGCAGCCAAAAAGGGUGACCUGUACCCCAUUGCUUCGGACGCGAUUAAGAAAUACUUUAGACUGCGUCCGGGUCAAAGGCAGUACGUCGCUGCAAUGUUCUUGGAUUCACAUUGGGAUCCGGUAGUAGGCACCAUCAGAGGUCACGCAGCCCUAGGCGGUACCAGCGACGACCUGCAACUUGCCAUUUUCGGGUCUCAAGCAUUGCAGAGUUAUCCAUCAUGCAUCGAGGAGGUAGUUCCUGCGUUGACAGACUGCACAAGAACCGACACCAGAUUCGUUGCAAACGACCUCAAUGAAUCAGGGAGCAAUUGGGAGGCCGUCAACAUUGGCAUCGGAGCUCAUAUGCAUGAAGUGGGCCAUCUCUUUGGCUGUCCACAUCAGGAGUCGGGCGUGAUGCUGCGAGAUUACAUCCGACUCAAUCGAACGUUUCUGGUAAGGGAGCCUUACUCGACACGGACCAAAUCUCAAGGUUUGCGUAUCUGUCGGAUUGAGGAUGAAUGUGGCUGGCAUCGACUUGACAUUCUUCGUUUCCGACAUCAUCCUUGUUUCCGCACGCCAGGUGAUACUAUUCUAUCCACUUUAGAUGAUAGCAUCCAAUUCUACCCCAUCGGAAAUGGAAAGGUCAUUUUUUGCGCGCCUUCAGGAAUCUCUUUCAUCGAGAUUUAUCCAGAUGACGGCGACGAAUUGUGCAGAUAUUGGCUCGAAUAUGUCAGUACCGAAUCACGAAAUGGUGGCAUGCCUUGGAAUGUCACACUCUCUGAGGCGAAUGUCCGGUCACGACUACCUGAAAACAAGCGCAAGGGCAAAGUGAAACUACAAGUGUUUUCUGGUAGCUCGAGGAGCCUGACCAUUGAUGACUUUUCCGAGCUGCUCUCCAAGUCCUACAUCGUCAAUCUGCCAGCAAGGCAGAGCGCUCCUAGAAAGGAUGAAGGUCUCACGAUGAACACUUACAACAGAUUAACGAAUUUACCACAAUCGCUCGAGACACGUGCAGGUUUCAAAGGUAAUAAGUUGGGGUUUUCGAGACUCGACGGCAGCAAGCCUGAACAAGUCAUCCUUGAUUCUGUGAAUCUGCAGACCAAACUCUUAACUUCCAUCAAGGUGUAUUCUGGUUAUGCCUUAGACGGUGUUGCAUUCUGUUACGAGGAUGGACAUUGCCAGCUUUUUGGUAAACGUGGAGGAAAGGCAGGUGGUGACGAAUUCUUCUUUGAUACUCGCAGAGGAGAAACCCUUUCAGGGUUUUAUUUGCGAGCUGGGCUGUGGAUCGAUGGGUUGCAGAUUUUGACCAGCCUUGGGAGGAAGUCCGAAAUCUAUGGGAAUGCUCAUGGUGGUUCUGGGCAUAUGCUGAUGCCGCCGGCGGGCUACACCAUUGCUGGCGUCUCAGGUUCUUGCGGACAAUGGAUUGAUGGGUUUCAGUUAAUCAUCACGAGAUGA